AUGAGCACUGACCAUAAGGUGAAUGUGAAAGAUUUCUCCAAAUAUUUCAUUGACUCAGAAAUUACUCUACCGGAGUCGGGCUCUUUGAUCCGAGUCACGUGGAUGUAUGGCACACCCUAUCAUGGGGAGAAGGAAGUUUUCUGGAAUAGCUGGUUUAACAAGAGGAAAAGGGAUGGAUGCCCUUGGAUGGUGAUAGGGGACCUGAAUGAGUUGCUUUUUCUUCAUGAACGUGAAGGAAGCAACCCGGGGAACCCGACUAGAAGGAGAUACUUAGAACGAUUUACUGCCUCAAACUGCCUCAUAGAUGUUGGUUUCAAGGGGCAGAAGUACACCUGGGCUCGAAAAGAAAAUGGUAUUGUUGUGUUACACGAAAGGAUUGAUCGUGCUUUUGUUUGUGAAGACUGGCUUCUUAGCUGGCCGGAAUCCGGUGUCACCCAUCUUGCAAGGAUGGGAUCGGACCACAUUCCGAUCUUGUUUACUUCCAAUCCACAAUUGAGAAUGAGGAGGGCCCAGUUCAAAUUCGAGGCCCAGUGGGCUGAAGAGGAGGAAUCACAUUUAGUCAUAAAAGACAGUUGUGAUUGUGAUGCCAAUAAUUAG